AUGGAAUUGACUCAUUACAGCAUCAGCCAGCUCUUGGCCAUCCGUGGCACCAAGCUGCAAUGCUUGCUCGAGCAGAGGCUGCUUGAGAAUGCCAAAGAGAAUCCCAUCUUCAGUACGCUGUCCUUCCCUUUCCGGCCUUCCAGGCCCAAGACACUACUGACCUCUUCCACAGCAGGCAUCAUGCGUCACAAGCGACCCCUUGUCCACCAGAGAGCUCCUCUGGUCUCUCGUGCCAACAUGGAGGUCAGACAGUCCUCUUCUGGUGACUCGGAGUAUGAAGCACCGACCAAGCUUCAGGCACCUCAAGUCACUGCUCCCCUCCAUGACAAACCUGUUCGUACACUUCGUCAUGUCACUGCAGACGUCAGUCAGCUUGAUGGACCUGCCGGUCGACAGCUCGAUGGACAAGAUGCCGAGCCCGAAAUUCAGCCUGAAGUACCUUCUCAGCGACCUGUCCUCCCUGACCAGAAGCGCAAGGGUUUUGAGCAGUUCUACGAAGCCGUCCGAUCUCCCACUCACGUCCGCGUCACCGCCGGAGGCAGAAUCGUCCCCAAUACCCUGGAUGCCUCCCACUCUUCUCCUACCGGAAAGAGUAGUAGAGAGAGAACCAACAUGGACGUCAAUGGUGUACAGCCGUCCUUGGGACAAGCCUUCAAUAGCCAGUUCAUGCCAGGACCCCCCUUGAUGGGCCCUGUUCAUCCGGCCAUGCAACAUGCCUUCCCAAUGAUGGCACCAAGCCCGAAUCCCAUGGUCUCUUUCAGCGGAUUUGCAAUGCCCCCUUUCAGCGUUCCCCAGGCUCCGGCGCAAGCACAGUUUGCCCCUCUGAACAGCGGCAUGAUUCCUGUCGGCAAUGCGAAUGAGAAAGAUCAGCACGGUGGUGUCGUCCCCAACACUGGACCUAUGCCCAUGCCUCCAUUUGGCGGACAAUGGUUCCUCCCACCUCAUCCAAUGAUGCCGAUGGGUAUGCAAUACUCUAGUGGUCCAACGUACUCCGGUGCUCCAAUGAUGCCGAUGGCAUUUGGUCCCAUGGGCCAGACGAUGGGCCAGCCCAUGAUGUAUCAGCAACCUUCUCAGCCUAUGCCUACGGCAGGCGCCAGGUCCUUCACCCCCAACGCGCCAGUCGAGAGUUGCCCAGUUUCAUCCAUUCGACCUAGCAUCAUCACCAAGAACCAGCUUGCGGGCCUGCGAUCCAGCCUCAAGAAAGCAGAGGCCCAGUUGGCUUACAAUCGCCAUCAGAUCGAUGAGAAGCAUAUGGAAGAGUACGCCCGUCAGCUUCGUUCCGAUAUCGAGCACUUUGAGAUCAAGCUCAAGGGUGAACUCGCACUCGAAGACAGCACUAUUUCUCAGCGCAGCGACGCAAAGGACGCCAGCGAGGUUAAGACAUCGAAGGAGUCAAAGCCGGCCGCUGCCGAGUCUCGGAAGACGCUCACGUCUGACUCGUCAGGCGAUGCAGAUAUCAAGAACGACCCAGCUCACAUCGCUCGUUCGAAUAUGACCGAGGAGCCCAAGAACUCUCGUCAUCGUAAGAGGGACAAACUCAAGCUUGCCGUGGACACUUCGGCGGCGUCUGCCCCAUACAUCAACUCCACCGUAUUCGCGACCAUCUCGCCUGUUCCCUUCGACCCUAAGGGACACCAUCAGACCAGGGAAUUCGAUUCACUCCACUUCCGUAAACAAUCUACUGGCCUUCCUGUCUCUGCUGCUUUGGCGCCGGUUUUCCAGCCUCGUUCUGACAUUCGCCGCUCCAACGAGAACACUCCUCCAGUCUCGGCUGUGCCCAAGGCAGACAAAGAGGCUGGCGACAAAGUCUUCCAUGGUAUCCUACCGAGAAAGAAGGAAGAGUCUGAUCGUCUCCUCUCAGGCGCCCCUCCCACGCCCGCUCUUGACGAGAAAUUCGAGAGAAUCAUUCGUGAGAAUCCUGAGUUGACAAAGGCGUACCUGGUUGGCCAAGUGCCCUUUGGCAUGGACCCUAGUCCUGAUAUCAAAGAUUACGUCUACCACCGCCCUCUCAACCAGGAAGAGGAGAUGGCCAAGCAUCUCUUCUGGAGCAACGCACCUGCGCACCUUCGAGUCAACUUCCCCUUCUUCGACGGUAGGAGCUUCUAUUUGCCGUCGCCUGAGAAGCCACCUAGCCGCGAAGUCAGCGAUGGACGCUCAGCUGCACGGCUCGAGGAAAAGUAUCGCCGCGCGAUCAAGGGAGAUAAAAAUCCUUUCGCCGCCUUGGAGAGAUUGACUGGCCCAAACAUGGAGCAAGUAGUGAAGGAACUGAAGAGAGACACCAAGUCAGACAAUAUCACCUCGCCCAUGAAGCGCCGCAACAAGUCUCGCCCUGUUGCCCACUUCAACAGCCAAGGCCUUGACAAAUCGAAGGACAGCACGAUCUCGUCGGACAACGUCAUCGAGUCCGACUCCGAGAGAGCCUACUUCAACUCGUGUAGCGUUCGUAAUUGGUCGGAGAAAGUCACUGCGUCUGCGACUGCUCUUCCGGGAGCUGUCACUUCGGAGAAUGCCCAAGGCUAUCUUCCUCAGUAUGCCAUCGGCCAUGCCGCAGCCUCCUUGUCGCCCGCCAUCGCCAACACUGCAAACCAGUCCACCCGCCUGUCGCCUUCCAAGCUGAAUGACAAUGGCAAACUGGAUGCCGGUCAGAGCUUGCUUGUCGCAUCAGCUGAUGGUCGCGUUGAGAACCAACCUCCCGGCCUUUCCAUCGUGAGCAAUGUCCACUGA